UACAAAUUAUUUCGUUUUAUGAAAAAUGAAAAAUGUUUAAAUUAGAUUCGUAAUCAGAUUCCUAAGGCCAUGCCAUUCUUUUUUAAUUGAUUCAAAAGGAUGAAUGUUACAUAAAUUAAAGUAUACAUAACAUAAAUACCAAUUCUUUUGGAAGUAAUGAUACUCUCUUCCACUUUUUUAAUUACUUUACUCUCUCUCCCUAUUAAUAUACAUAACAUAGCCGACAUAUAAAUAACAUUCUGUAUAUAUAUUGGGAUUUUUGUAAUAUAUUUAGGGAGUUGGAAUUUUUUGUAAUAUUGAAAAUGUAUAUUUGUGUAGUUUUUAGUAAAUUAAAACCCAGGAAAAAUAAUGUUUUAUUACCUUUGGUUGGUUGUUUAUUUGAAGAAGGGGAAAAACUGAGACUUUUUAUACUUGGGCUUUCGAUUUGGGCCAGUGUAUCGUAUUAGCCCAAACUACCCGAACACUGAGCUAUCUGAAAUGGAGAUUUGCCGGUUACCAAGUAAACCGGCGGUACCGGGUCGAACCGCCGGAAGAUACUCUAUCAAACGCCCAGCGUUCUCCCCCUAUAUUAAAUGCAGAGUAGAUGACGAACCGAAAACUAAAAACCCAAAUUCGAAAGAUCGAAUGUUCAUUUUGGGCAUGGGUUUCGUAGGAAAGUUCCUGGCUGCAGAUUUGAAGAAGCAUGGAUGGCAAGUUACAGGAACUUGUACUAGUACGUCUCGGAAGAAGAAGUUAGAGGAAAUUGGGUUCAAUGCUCACAUAUUUGACGCCAAUGAACCACUACACGAAGUCUUUGAUAUCAUGAAAUUCCACUCACAUCUUCUAAUCUCUGUCCCUCCAGUUUUAGGUGUUGGUGAUCCGGUGCUUCAGCAUAAAGAAUUGCUAAAAGAAAUAUUAACGGAUGGUAACCUCCAGUGGCUUGGUUACUUGUCAUCAACAAGUGUUUAUGGCAACUGUGGUGGUGCAUGGGUUGAUGAAGAGUAUCAACCAAGCCCGACGACUGAAUUGGCAAAAGCAAGGUUAGCUGCUGAGGAAGAAUGGUUACAGCUGGCUUGUGAUGUAAGGGUCACUGCCCAAAUAUUUAGACUGGGUGGUAUAUAUGGUCCUGGUAGAAGUGCUGUGGACACCAUUCUCAGGCAAGAGCCUCUGUCAAAAGGUCAGAAGAUGAGAUUUUCUAGGCAUUAUACAUCCCGUAUUCACGUUGCUGACAUCUGCCAGGCUCUUAAGGCCAGCAUACAGAGACCGUCUCCUGGGAAGAUAUACAACGUAGUUGAUGACGACCCUGCUCCUAGGGAGCAGGUAUUUAAGUUCGCCAAGAAUUUGGUUGAGAAGAAAUGGCCAGGCCACUUAAACUCCAACAACUCUGCUGAAGAUGCAGACUCUCUAAUUCUGCAGGGGAUUUCAAGGGGAGAGAAGCGAGUCUCCAAUAAACGCAUUAAAACAGAACUGGACGUGACACUGCUUUACCCUACAUAUGAAUCUGGAUUACAGAGCAUCAUUAAGUGCAUGCAAAAUCCAUUUUACGAAAGUUGAUUAGGUCCCUGUGUGCAAUGGCUCCAUCUUUCAGACAGGGAGUUAAGUUUCCCAAUAUAUCCAUUUGUAUGUGUCGUUUACUGAUGUCAAAGGAUGAAAAGAUUGAGCUAUUAGGAUGACUACAUACAUGGAGUAAUAUUGUAGACUUGAUGAAGCUCUGAAUCUGAUAUUCAUUCAAAGAGAAUAUUUGCAACA